AUGAGUAAGGGAUGGCUCGAUUUGCCAAGCUUCGUGAAAGUGACUUCAAGUCAUCCGGCCCAACUCUGCGGUCUCUACCCGAGUAAGGGCCGAUUAGCGGUCGGCUGUGACGCCGACCUCGCUAUUUGGCCAGGCGGCGGUCUGCUCGAGCCAAGCUACUAUGGUAGCCAGCCGGGGGACUUGAAAACUCACCAGGAUCCGGUUGGUGUGCCAGCAGCUGGAAGUGCUAGGUCGCCGAUGUUAGUAAUUCUGAAUGGCAAGGUGGUUGUAAAGGCGGGCCAGAUAGUUGGCGCUGAUGCUUUGGUGGCAGGUGAGGGAUUGAGUGAUGCUUGCAGGCAGGCGGGACGAUAUCAAGCAGCGUCGGCCUUCCCGAGGCAUAUAUAUCGACUGGUGUUUGCAUCGGAGCAUGUGAGUUGA